AUGACGCUCCGCAGGCCCAAAGUGGCGAGAUCAAGCACGAUAGAUGAUUUUUCUGCAUUCCGCGUGGCGAUAGCGGAUGACAAUGCGGUCGUCUCGAAAAUCAUGGCUAAAUGUCUCCGCCGAGUGCAUGGUGUGACAGUCAACGAUGAUGACAUCUAUCCGGAUGGACUCAGCCUUAUGAAAGGCCUUACGUACAAGCGAUAUGAUAUGAUUUUGAUAGAUAUCCAAAUGCCCAUAAUCAACGGCAUCCUUGCCACAAAACUCAUCAGGGAACCGCCGCCAAAAUCGGAAUCCAAUGGGCCUCCUGGAGCUUUUGGCAGGCGAGAUUCGGGCGGGGCUUUACACCGCCCCAGCUCAGGCGAUUUGUACCGCGCGAUCUCUGGCACUUUGCCAUCAGCUGAAAGCGGCUCGAGAUCGGGGCUGAAAUCCGGCUCAAACUCUGCGGUGGACGAAGCCGAUGGAGCUACGAAGCCGGAUAUAUCGGGCCUCUUGCCGGAGAUAAAAGCUUUCUAUUCACUUCCACGACGCCGCGCCAGCGUUGGCGGAUCCGCCCCUAUAUCCCUCACUUUGAAGCCAAAGCGCCGGUUGCGUGCCGCUUCUGUCAAUGCUUCAGGCGAUAUGCUGGCAGCAGGCGCUCAGGAUGAACCCCCUGAUCAGGUCGCAGCCCGCAUCCUGGGUGAUAACAAGCUAAUACCCAUCGUGGCCAUCAGCGAUACCGUUGCGGUUGCGCUCGCGGACAUUUACAAGGCCGCGGGAAUAAACGAGGUGUUGCCAAAGCCGGCGACCCCUGAUAUGUUGAAAAGCAUUCUGGCAAAAUAUCUACUACCGUACCAAGAGGACGCAAAGGCAGAAUCUCAUUCCUGGUCGAAGAUUCCCAAAAUAUCUGUCCAGGAAAGUGUAGACAGCGGGACAGAUCUGAGAGAACAUGGAGAGGACGGGAACCUCGCCAGGAUCACACGGAAUGGACAGUAUAUUGCUGCGACGAAGGAUGCACUUUUCGAGGCUGCGCUUUCAGGGACAGCCAGCGAUUCAUUCUGGCGAGUUUUCCUCCUAACGUAUCGAAAAUUUGCAAGCCCGACCGAGUUGUCUGCAUGGGUGUUUGAGCAUCUCAAAGCUGCAUCUUCCGAAGGAGCUGGACAGCGGUGGUUGAAUAACGGGCCAUUGCAAUCCAGCAAGUAUGUUGUAGCGGUGGAAUUUUUGAGAACUUGGAUCCGUACCCAUUGGCACGAUUUUGAACCGCUUGAGAUGCGAACAAGUUUAGAAGCUGCUAUAGAUCAGCUAGGGCAGAGGUUUCCAGCGGAGGCGGAGCAAAUGCUGCAGCUAAUGAAGAAGCAGUCCAACAAGCACGCAGUACGGUCCGAGCAGAUCGCCAGGAUGAUGGUUGCCGCGCAGGAGCCGCGAAGUCUGGAGGAGUCGCGCAUCAAGGAAGAUAUCGAUCCGGAAAUACUGGCACAGCAAUUGUGCCUGUACAAUUCCACAUUGUUCAGGAUGAUCGAUCCAAUAGACUACACGGCCCAAAUCUGGGGAAAGGCCUCCUUGAAUCUCACAUUCUUCAUCGAAAGAUUUGAUAAGGAAUCCUUUUGGGUGGCAACGGAGAUCGUUAACAAACCCAACUUGAAGACGAGGACAGCGGUGCUAAGCAUCUUCCUAAAAGUCGCAAAGGGUUGCUAUGACGCCCAGAACUAUUUCAGCUUGUUUGCAAUCAUGUUCGGUUUGAACCUGUCACCGGUUCAAAGGCUAAAGAAGACUUGGGAGGGUCUUUCUGAUGCUCGAAGAAAGGCUCUUGCCGAUCUGCAGUCAGUAACAGAUGUGUCCAAGAAUUUCAAAUCGUAUCGGACGAAGCUUAUUGACGCCGAUCCACCAUUAGUGCCGUUCUUGCCAUUGUUUAUCAAGGACUUAACUUUCAUAAACGACGGCAACGAAACUAUCAUCAAAGACACGCAGAUGAUCAACUUUCAGAAGAUGCAGCUGAUUGAGAAAUGCAUCACGGACAUAGUAUCUUUAGGGCGGAUUGAUUACAAGUGGUUUGAUCUUGAGGACGAGAUACAAGAAUACUUGGCCAAUCCGCCAUUAGAAACUAGUAUGGCCAACUUGCAAGCCAUGUCCUUAGCCUGCGAGCCGCGCCAGGCAACAUAGAUGCGGCGACGACCUCCUUUCUCAAGACCUUUAGUAUAAUUAUUGUGCAUAGUUACAAAAGUCAUGCGAAUCCGCUACUCCCGUUGCGAAUCCGCUAUACCACGUGUAUAUAUGGAACCCUACAAAAGUUACACGAGUAAGAACGCUACAAAGAGAUCUAUGAAUACCUGCAAAAUCGAAAUAUCAUCCUCCCAACGCCGUCCUUAGC